AUGGCGACGCCCAGUGGCUAUAUCGGACGGCUAGGGAGCUUUGAGAAGGCUCGCGAACCUUUUACUUCAUAUGUCGAACGUAUGGAACUGUUUUUCAUGGCCAAUAACAUCGUUGAAACUUCCCAGAAUGCUGAAUUCGUGAAGGAACGGAAAAAGGCAAUUUUACUAACUGAAAUUGGAACAGAAAUCUACGUAACCCUCGCAAAUUUGUUAGCGCCUAGCAAGCCGAAAGAUGCAACAUUUGACGACAUCAUCGAUAAGUUGAAGAAUCAUUUCGAUCCUAAGCCGUUAGAGAUAGCUGAAAGUUACAAGUUUGGAACAAGAAAUCAGAAACAAGGUGAAACAGUUGGUGAGUUCAUCAUUGCCUUAAAGAAUUUAUCCUUACAUUGUAAUUAUGGAUCUUUCUUGAAUAGAGCUUUGCGAGACAGAUUUGUUUGCGGGUUGGCUGAUGAACAAAUUCAGAACAAACUGUUGAAUACUCAAGAUUUAGAUUUUGAUAAAGCCUGCCAAAUUGCGUUGUCGAUGGAGAUGGCAUCAAUAAAUGCUCGUGAACUUCGUUCUGUUCAUAAUGCUGGAAGUGUGAAUAGUCAGAAAAGUUACACCCGUAAAGCUAAACCAACUAGUCGUGGAGGUAAACCCAAACCCUCUAAUGCUGAAAGUAAAAAGCAUGGAAACUGUUAUCGCUGUAAUUCCAGAAAUCAUCCACCUCAAGAAUGUCCAAUUAAAGGUUCACAAUGUUUCAAGUGCGAGAUGAAGGGACAUAUAGCUAAAGCUUGUAAGUCAAAUAGAGGAAAGACUAGUGUACCGAGUAAAGGUAAAUCGCGUCGAACUGGCGGUAAUGCUGAAGUUCAUGCGUUGGAUGAAACUGAUGAUCUAGAGAAAUCUAUGCAACAUAAUUCGAAUUUGUAUUGUGUGUAUGCUACAGAUUCGAUCAAUAAGUUUGAAACAGAAGUUGUAAUCAACAAGAAAUCCUUGACUAUGAGGAUUGACACCCAGGCAGAUUGUUCUAUUAUGAGUAAGGACACAUAUGAGAGAAACUUCAGUGAUGUACCUUUGAGACCAAAUUCAUUAGAACUCAGAACAUAUUCUGGUCAGCAGUUGGACUUGUGUGGUGAAUUUGAAUGUGAAGUCACCUAUGAAGGGAAUAAAUUGUUGUUGCCCAUGAUGGUAACAAGCUACACGAAUCGUCCUACACUGAUGGGUAAGAACUGGCUGACUAAGUUGAAGUUAGAUUGGAAUAACGUGUUCCAUGUUGAGUCUUCAAAAUUGCAGAGUCUACUCCGACAGUAUAGCGGAAUGUUUGAAGACAGCUAUGAAGGGAUUUCUGGUGUGGAAGCGCAUGUAAGAAUCAAGGAGAAUUCAACUCCAGUCUACUGUAGACCGCGACCAGUACCGUACGCACUGAAAGAAGAAGUUGAGAAAGAGUUAAGAAACCUUGAGAAAAACAAAGUCAUCGUAAAGACAGACUACAGCGACUGGGCAACUCCGAUCGUAGUGGUGCCGAAAGCCGAUGGAGGUGUUCGUCUUUGCGGAGAUUAUAAGACCACAGUCAAUCGAGCAGUUGAUGAUGAGUGUUAUCCUCUUCCCACAUCGCAGGAUUUGUAUGCAGAGUUGGGAGGUACCAAAGUUUUCUCGAAGUUGGAUCUUUCUCACGCGUAUGCACAACUCAACUUGGAUCAGCAAAGUCAGCAGUAUCUUACUAUCAACACGCAUAUGGGAUUGUAUUCCUACACAAAACUACCAUAUGGAAUUAAGUCCUCACCGAAGAUCUUCCAAGCGACAAUGGAUAAGAUUCUUCAAGGUAUCCCCCAUUGCUUGUGUAAUCAAGAUGAUGUAUUGAUAGCUACAACCACAGUGGAUGAAAAUCUUGAUGUGCUCGCGCAAGUAUUGAAGCGUUUGAAUGAUCAUAAUGUGAAGCUAAAAAGGAGCAAAUGUGCCUUUGUGGAAGGUGAAGUGGUGUACCUAGGGUUGAAAGUAAGCUCACAGGGGCUUCAACCAGUCAAAGAGAAAAUUGAGCCAAUCAUCAAUGCUCCUAAGCCAAAGAAUGUGACCGAGCUAAGAUCAUUUUUGGGGAUGGUUCAGUUCUAUUCGCGAUUUCUACCGGAUCUUGCGUCAGUGUUAGCACCGCUCCAUAAGUUACUACAGAAGGAACAGAAAUGGGAAUGGUCGAAAGCCCAACAGGAAGCAUAUGUGAAAUGCAAGCGAAUGUUAACCAGUGAUGCACUUCUUGUUCACUAUGAUAACAGGCGUGAAUUGAAGAUGUCUUGUGAUGCAUCUAGCUACGGUGUAGGAGCAGUGAUAAGUCAUGUGAUGGAUACUGGAGCAACAAAGCCAAUCGCAUUUGCAUCACGCACCUUGACGAAGAGUGAGCGUAAUUACGCUCAGAUUGAGAAAGAAGCGUUGGGUAUCAUUUUCGGUAUCAAGAAGUUUCAUCAGUAUCUGCUAGGUAGAAACUUUACGCUCAUCACUGAUCACAAGCCGCUACUUCAUUUGUUGGGUCCUAAGUCAUCGAUUCCGACAAUGGCAGCAUCAAGAGUGCAGCGGUGGGCAAUACUUCUUUCGCAGUAUGACUACAACAUAGAGUAUCUCAGUUCUAAGGAGAACGCUGUCGCAGAUGCGUUAUCUCGUUUGCCUCACGAAGAUUCUGAAGAUGGUACAGAAGGUAGUAUCUAUGUUACUGAUGUUGUAGACAGUAACUUUCCAGUAACAGCAACAGAGAUUGCUGCAGAAACUCAGAAAGACUCUGUUUUGAAACAAGUGUAUGAACAAACUUUAUAUGCAUCUAACGGAGCUGCAGAAAGAACAGUAAGAGUAGUGAAAGAAGCUUUGAAAAAGCAAGUGUUUGAUGGUAGUUCUAAGUUUAGUAUGAAGCGAAGACUAGCCAAUUUUCUGUUGAAGUAUAGUACUACUCCUCAAUCAACUACUGGUUUUACACCAGCUGAGCUUUUGAUGAAGAGAAGGCUUAGAACAAGACUAAGUUUGAUUUUACCAGAUCUAUCUCAAAAAGUAGAAAACAAACAAUCAAGUCAAAAGAGAUAUUUCAAGGGUAGUCGUAGGUAUCGUUCAUUUGAUGUUGGUGAGAACGUUUGUAUCCUUGCUCCCCCACACAAAGAAGGUAAAUGGGAGUUGGGAGAAGUUGUUACUGUUUGUGGAAGUAGAAGGUAUCUAGUUGAUAUAAGUGGUAGAGUUCGAAGUGUUCAUGUAGAUCACAUGUUAAAAGCAAGUGAUAACCAAUAUAACCAAGAGUGUUUGCCAGAGUCUAGUGAUCAUGCAGAUUUGGAUGAUAGUUUUGAUUUAAUUUCAUUGCCAGACUCCGCACAGUCUCGGCAGUUAAAUUCUGAAGUGGGAUUAGAGAAAUCCCCAGUCAAAAGUACAAGCGGCCCAAGUACAGAUGUACAGCCAGGGGCUAUACCCGGGGUUACUCAAAAACUUUCACCACAUCCACCUCGAAGAUCACAUAGACUCCUGUCGGAGAAUCCACUUGUUAAAAGGGGAAGCAGUGUAAGGUAUGUGAUUGUCAUGGUUACCGACAUAGCACCAACAGGUGUCCGCAUGAUUGAAUUUACUGUGUAG